UACACGUGAGAACUUGGUUUACAUUCACUGCUUGCUCUGUGGACUCUGGCAAACUACAACAACUCGACUCGCUUGCCCUCCGUUCUAUUACCGUAUCACGCAUCCAGACCCAAUGCCUCUCUCCUCGACCUCCCGCCAUUGAAGAACGGAACCUCACCCAAGGAGCUCACCCGAGUGCCGUGUCGCUCCUCCUUGUUUUCGUAAUCGAAGGAGACCGUAUGGAUCGUCGAGCGGUUGUCCCAGCUGUUCAAGUGAGAAAAGCAUACGAUUGAUAAGAGAGAGACCCACAUAGCCGAGGUUCCUGGCGUCCACUGCCAGCGGAUCUGGAUGUCAGUCGAUUUCUCGUACACGCUGCAGAUCGAUUCAGUACUGCUCGAAUGUGAUUGGAACUUGCGGGCGGCUCACUCGAAGAUGUGGUUGAGGAUCGCGUCGCUCUCUGCCUGAUCGAGCCCCUCGAUUCCAACCGUCAUGGCGCGGUUCGCGAACACCGUCUUCCAGCCGGUCACAGGGUGCGUGCGGACAAGAGGGUGGACGAUGGUGACGUGGCGAGGCGGCGCGCUCGCGUCGUUGGCGUCCUUGUACUGGUGCGCAGAGCGGUAGAUCCCACUGCGAGCACUCUUGGUGAGCUGAAGGUUGGAGCAGGCGAUCAUCGACACUCACUUGAGGCCGUCGAGCAGCGAGCGGAACUUGGGCGAGAACUUGUCGUAGGCAGCGUAGCCCGAAGCCCAGAGCGUGUCUCCGCCCACGGCGGGACGGUGUCUUGGUGGAGAUGGGUGUAGCCGGGAGGGAAGGCGAGAUGCACGAGAUCAGUGUGCCCUGUUUACGGGGAAACUCAAUCAUUGGCUCUCCCACUCGGGUAUUGAUGACGAUACUCACAGCCGUAGCUGCCGGAUGGGUAUGCCGUCCGGAAGGUCCUGGGAGACGAAAGCCGGUACUCACGGGCACGCUCCCAAAUGAGCGUCACACCAGGCAGGCCGGGGACCUGGGGAACUUGCGGGUGAAUCUCGAUUUCACCAUCCCCGAGAUACACUCCGAGCUCGCGUUGCUUCUGAGGCGCCAGUUGUUGAUCACGGAAGACUGCGAUGUAUCAGUAAGAGCACGAGCUGAAAGCGCCGAGAUAGAUCUUCAUUGGAUGGGACUCACGCGAUAAGGAGUGCAAGCUCGUCCUUUUGCUUCUCGUUCAAAUCCUCGAGUUGCAAACCCACGAUCUCAGUCUG